AUGUCUCUUCCUCCCGCCUGCACUAUCUCACGGGUCGACGAACUCGACACCGCGCUACGGAACUACAUCUAUGAAGUGCAUCGUGCUCUUUUCGGAAGCCUCUGCCCUCCAGAACAGACUCUCAAGGGAAUCGACAACGUCGUGCAAGCCAUUAGCGAUCGACAUGCCUGUUUUCUUGUCUGUCGCCUGGACGAUAUGAUCGUGGGCAUGGUCGGCUACCUAGAGUACAAACGCCGUUUCCGCAAACCCGACAAUACGCUACGAAACGAUCUGGCUUACCCCGGCGAGACUGUCGUAGAAGUGAUGAGGCUGUUUGUAGACCCCCAACUUCGGUCUCGAGGCGUCGCCACCAUCAUGGUGCAGGAAUUGGUCCGACGAGCGAGAUCGGCACACGUCGAUGUCAUGUACCUCCACACGCACGAUUUCCUGAUUGGCGCGCAGCAAUUCUGGGAGAAGAACGGUUGGAGAGUCGUAGCAAAAGACGACGAUGAGCCUUGGAACUCGGUUCACAUGGAGAUGCGUUUGGCAACCGGCGAGGGCGGAGUGUCGUGGCUAGUCGAGUGA